AUGGCUACCAAUACAAUGACCACGCAUCACGAACCCAUCGUGAACGAUGCAGAGUCUGAAAGAAUUACAAACAACAAGCCGCACCUCUCUCACACCACAACUAAUAUCUCUCUCAGCCCAGAGCAGUUCGAGCGCUUAUACCUGGCGCCAAAGGUCCCGCAUGCAAGCCACAAUGCCGCGAAGUACGCGAAUGCUGUGCCUUUGGGUUUUCUUGGAUUCGUAAUCUCUACAUUCACGUUUAGCAUGGUGCUCAUGGGCUGGGGCGGCGCAUCCGGCCUACAAGCCGUCGUGGGCAUCUUCUUCUUUACAGGCCCCGUGCUACUUCUCCUCUCGACGAUAUUCCUCUGGAUCCAGGCACAAUUCUUUCCCAUGAUGGUCUGCGGCCUCUUCUGCGUGUUCUGGCUCUCCUUCGGUGUUCUGCAACUGCCCACGCUUGGACUGGCAGCUUCGUACGGCGGCGGCGACGCCGCCGUGGGCGCAGUCUCGAAGGAGAUGAACGCGGUGAUAGCACUGUACCUACUUGUCUGGGGCUUUGCGCUCGGUACCUUCUGGCUCUUUACAAUCCGGAUAAAUGUCGUCUUUGCGGGCAUCUUUGGUUUUGUGACGAUCGGCUCGUGGGUGCUGUCUGGUGCUUACUGGGCACUGAGCAACGGGCAUUUUCAGAAGGCGCUGCGAUUGCAGAAGGCCGGCGCAGCAUUGCUUUUCAUCGUUGGGCUGCUUGGGUGGUACAUGUUGUUUGUGAUUAUGGCGGCGGAGAUGCGCUGGAGAGUGUGUCCCCCGGUGGGAGAUUUGAGUCACUAUUGGGACAGUACAGACGUUGAAAUUGGCGCGCUAGAAGGAGAAAAAAGAGAGUGAUGGCCUCUGUCAUUUACGAGUAAGCAAGGCGA